ACAUGCCUCUGGCUUCACAGCAGAGGCCAAGCACCAAGGACUGAGCGCCUCCCGCACGUGCUGGUGCUCCUCUCCUGCAGAGUUCAGGCACCUGGGCACGGGCGAGGCAGGAUCGAGGAGGCGAGGCCAGAGCCCGUCAUCUGGCCGUGGGGUUUCCCCCACGUGUGUGGCCAGGCCGCUUUCACUGUUUGAUGUUUUGUACCUGAGCAGCAUCUGUAUUUCCGUACAUGACCCAUUUUUAUCUUGUUAAAAAAUUGAUAGUGGCAUUAAAGGUAUUGUGACUCGAGUAGGAAAGCUCACACACACCCCUUCAUCCCAAGGAGGACCUGGCUGUGUUUCCUGUCAGUGCCCGUGGCUUCUUUCCCACAGGUGUGGCCGCGGCCAUGCCACCUGCUUUCUUGUCUUCGGCCGAUGUGCCGUGAGCGUUUCUCCACGGUCCCUACAAGCCUGCAGGGGCUCUGCUUCCUUGCUUCUCCGCUUGUUGCAGGGGCCUGGGUGCGUUGCUCCUUCACCCUUGACCUCUCAUGGAUAACCAUCUCACGACAGUCUUCAUGCUAAAGUCCCCUCUCCCCUUCUCUGGGUCUAUGUCAUAGGUAAAUUUCUAGGACCGGGACUCUUGUGUGAUGGACCUAAUCCCCAACCUCCCUGGCCUGUAUACAAAUUAUCGCCCUAAGGCCGAUAGGAAAUUCUGGCUCGAGCUUCCACAGUCCAUUCUCUGUAAAAGUCCAUUCUGAAAAUGGGAUGCUUCGAAAUUGUAGUUCUAGAAAGUUCUGCGGUUGUUUCUUAGUCCAGGGAUAGUCAUCAUGGCCAGCCCAUCCUGUGUGUUAACUCAUUUGGUCCUUACCACGGCUGGAUGAGGAGCUGCUUCUGUUGACAGAUGAGGAAACUGAGGCAUGGAGGUUAAGUCACUUGCCUAGGGGCACUCAACUGGGGCUGGUGAGUGGCAGAGCAAGGAUUUGAGCCAGGUGGUCUGGCUCCUGUGUCCUGUACUAGAGACCACAGCCGGGGGCCCUGGGGCAGGUGGGGUCUGAGGCCAUCUGUCCUUGGCUCUGCCUCCUCCUCUGGAAUGAAUGGCCCUGGCAUCCUGGUGCAGAGCAGUAGAGGCCUGGCUGCACCCUGCAGCCAAAACAGGCACUUGCAAUUUGGUGAUGCCUCAUCAUGCCCUUCUCACCUCUUCCUGCACUUUGAAAUUGCUCACUGCUUGUUGCACAUCUGCUGGAGAUGAUAACACAACCACGUGUGCGUGUGUGUGUGUAUGUGGGAUAACACGGCCACAUGUGUGAGUGUGUGUGCACGUGUAUGUGUGGGAUAACACGGCCACAUGUGUGAGUGUGUGUGCGUGUGUGCGUGUGGGAUAACAUGGCCACAUGUGUGUGUGUGUGUGUGUGUGCGUGUGUGUGUGGGGGUUCUGCCUGCACCCAGGAGAUAACACGGCCAUGUGUGCGUGUGUGGGGGCUGUGCCCGCACCCUGAACAUGAUAACACGGGCACGUGUGUGCGUGGGGGUUGUGCCCUCACCCUGAAGAUGAUAACACGGCCACGUGUGUGCGUGGGGGCUGUGCCCUCACCCUGAAGAUGAUAACACGGCCACGUGUGUGCGUGGGGGUUGUGCCCUCACCCUGAAGAUGAUAACACGGCCACAUGUGUGCGUGUGUGUGUGGGGGCUGUGCCCACAUCCUGAAGAUAACACGGCCACAUGUGUGCGUGUGUGUGUGUGUGGGUUGUGCCCUCAUCCUGAAACCUGCGGGCCAGGAGAGGCCUAGAGACGUUUGGCAGGAGCGGCGCUGUGCAGCCUGUAUUCUGCUCUCCAUACUUCCUGGCACUUAAAAAACUCUCUCAUGGUAUCGCUCUAAAAGCAAAAAGGAAAACGGAAGGACUCGGUCCUCACAUUUCAAAAGGACGUUGUAAAGUUUAUGGUCUGUGCCUGGGGUGAGAAGCCCUCGUGCCUUCCUGGCGUGUUGCAGGUUUGGGUUGCAGGUUCCCGUUCAAGUUGCUCAGCCAGAUCUGAUUGUGCUGGUCAGGCUCACCUGCCAGGUGAGCGCGCGGCUGGCCUCAUGUGGAGAUGUGCCCGGUGUGCCUGGCAGAACCCUUUCAGGCUUUGCUUUUUAGGAGAGUGGUGGAGGAAAUCAGUCCUUUCAAAACCUUUUCGUUUUUCUUUUAUACAGCAAAAAGAUGGCACCUUUGCAGCAGGGGGCUACAUGCCCCCUCUCCGGUUUAAAGCGCUUACCCUCUCUGUGGUGUUUGGAACCAUGGUCGGUGGCAUCCUUAUCCCCAAUGUGGAGACCAUCCUGGGCCUCACGGGCGCGACCAUGGGAAGCCUCAUCUGCUUCAUCUGCCCGGCACUGAUCUACAAGAAAAUCCACAAGAACGCGCUUUCCUCCCAGGUGGUGCUGUGGGUCGGCCUGGGCAUCCUGGUGGUGAGCACUGUCACCACACUGUCUGUGGGCGAGGAGGUCCCCGAGGACUUGGCAGAGGAAGCCCCCGGUGGCCGACUUGGAGAGGCCGAGGGUUUGGUGAAGGCAGAGGCAGCGCGACUCUCAGCCCAGGAUCCGGUCGUGGCCAUGGCCGAGGAUGGCCGGGAGAAGCCGAAGCUGCCAAAGGAGAGAGAGGAGCUGGAGCAGGCCCAGAUCAAGGGGCCCGUGGAUGUGCCUGGACGGGAAGAUGGCAAGGAGGCACAGGAGGAGGCACAGCUUGAUCGCCCUGGGCAAGGGAUUGCCAUGCCUGUGGGCGAGGCCCACCGCCACGAGCCUCCUGUUCCUCACGACAAGGUGGUGGUAGAUGAAGGCCAAGACCGAGAGGUGCCAGAAGAGAACAAACCUCCAUCCAGACACGUGGGCGGAAAGGCUCCAGGGGUCCAAGGCCAGAUGGCACCGCCUCUGCCCGACUCAGAAAGAGAGAAACGGGAGCCGGAGCAGGGAGAGGUUGGGAAGAGGCCUGGACAGGCCCAGGCCUUGGAGGAAGCAGGCGAUCUUCCUGAAGAUCCCCAGAAAGUUCCAGAAGCAGAUGGCCAGCCAGCUGUCCAGCCUGCAAAGGAAGACCUGGGGCCAGGAGACAGGGACCUGCAUCCUCGGCCCCAGGCAGUGCUGUCUGAGCAGCAGAAUGCCCUGGCAGUGGGUGAAGGGGAAAAGGCCGAUGGGGUGCCGCCACCAGGCAACGCCGCCGGGGAUACAGGGCAGCCCGCAGAGGACAGUGACCAUGGUGGGAAGCCUCCCUUCCCAGCAGAGAAGCCGGCUCCGGGGGCUGGGCUGCCGCCUGAGCCUCGCGAGCAGAGGGACGUGGAGCGAGCGGGCGGAGACCAGGCGGCCAGCCAGCUGGAAGCUGAGAUUAAAAAGAUAGUAGCAGAGGCUGGCAGGGCAGAGAUGCUGGACCACGCCGUCCUGCUUCAGGUGAUCAAAGAACAGCAGGUGCAGCAAAAGCGCUUGCUGGACCAGCAGGAGAAGCUGCUGGCGGUGAUCGAGGAGCAGCACAAGGAGAUCCACCAGCAGAGGCAGGAGGAUGAGGAGGACAAGCCCAGGCAGGUGGAGGUGCAUCCAGAGCCCGGGGCGGCGGUGCCCAGAGGCCAGGAGGCCCCCGAAGGCAAGGCCAGGGAGACGGUGGAGAAUCUGCCUCCCCUGCCUUUGGACCAUGUCCUCAAAGCUCCCGGGGGCCGCCCCGCUCCAUCCCAGGACCUUAACCAGCGUUCCCUGGAGCACCCUGAGGGGCCUGCAGGCAGAGACCCUGCUGGCCCUCCUGAUGGCGGCCCUGACACAGAGCCUCGGGCAGCCCAGGCCAAGCCGAGAGAUGGCCAGAAGGAUGCCGCCCCUGGGGCAGCUGGCACGGUGAAGGGGCUCCCCAAGGGCCCAGAGCAGGUGCCCAUGCCAGACCCCGCCAGGGAAGCCAGGGGUCCAGAGGAGCACCUUGCAGAGGAAUUCCCCAGGCAAAGUCAGGACAUUACUGGCGGUGGUUCCCAAGACAGGAAAAAACCUGGGAAGGAGGUGGCAGCCACUGGCACCGGCAUUCUGAAGGAAGCCAACUGGCUUGUGGCAGAGCCAGGAGCAGAGACGGGAGACGCUCGCAUGGAGCCCAAGCAGAUGAGCCGAGACUUGGGCCUUGCAGCGGACCUGGACCUGCCCGGCAGGGCGGGAGGAGCGGCUGCACAGCCCCAGGCUGUGGUCCAUCAGCCGGAACCGCGGGUCAUCUCUGACGGCGAGCAGGACGGACAGCAGGGCCACCGGCGGGACCAUGGCGGUCACCUGGAGAUGAGAAAGGAGGCCCACGGCGGGGACCAUGUGCCUGUGUCUCACGGGCAGCCGAGAGGCAGGGAGGACGCUGCUGUCCAGGAGCCCAGGCAGAGGCCAGAGCCAGAGCUGGGGCCCAAACGAGCUGUCCCGGGGGACCAGAGGCCGCACAAUGCCAAGCCUAACCGGGACCUGAAACUGCAGGCUGGCUCUGACCUCCGGAGGCGACGGCGGGACCUUAACCCUCAUGCAGAGGGCGAGCUGGCCCCAAGGGACGGGGUCAUCAUUGGCCUUAACUCCCUGCCAGAUGUCCAGGUGAACAACCUCCGUGGCGCCUUGGACGCCCAGCUCCGCCAGGCUGCAGGGGGAGCUCUGCAGGUGGUCCACAGCCGGCAGCUUAGACAGGCGCCCGGGGCUCUGGAGGAGUCCUAGCACCUGCUGGCCAUGAGGGCCACGCCAGCCACUGUCUUCCCCGGCCAGCAGCAGGUCUUUCUCAGCCGCAUCCCAGCCGAACUCUGGAGGUCACACUCAUCUAUCUCCAGGGUUUCACGUCUGAGGCCCUCACCAAGUGUGAGAGUAUAAAAGAUUCACCGUGGCAUUGUUUCCAGAAUGUUCUUGCUGUCGUUCUGUUGCAGCUCUUAGUCUGAGGUCCUCUAACCUCUAGACUCUGAGCUCACUCCAGUCUGUGAGGAGACGUGGCCUCCGCUGCGAGCCGGCCGGUGCACGCCCAGGCUCAGGCUGGGAGCCGCUGUGUCUGCGGUCAGGCCUCCUGCUUCUGCCAGGCAGCACGCGUGGUCUUCAGGUUGAGCUCGGCCGUGUGUGGAGGUGCACAUGGCUGCUGAUGGUCCCAGCACAGGCUACCGUGAGAGCCAGCGUCCAACCCCAAACUUGCAGCGACUCGGAGUUAUAACUGUUUACUGAUGUUUCCCACAGUGUGGCAGGAAGUUUUGAAUAAACACUUUUGCCUUCGCCCAG